AGGGGCGCCGGGCGGGGCGGGGCGGGGGGCGGACCUGAUUGACCUCUGUCCUCAGAGCGGGAUGCGGUGACGCCCCCGAGCGACCAUGGCAGCUGCCGACGAGCUGGCCUUCCACGAGUUUGAGGAAGCCACCAAUCUGCUGGCCGAGACUCCAGAGGCAGCCACCACCAGCAGAAGUGAGCAGCUGACUCCGCAGGGACACGUGGCUGUGGCCGUGGGCUCAGGGGACAGCUAUGGAGCUGAGGACGAAGUGGAGGAGAGUGACAAGACCGCGCUCCUGCAGGAGGAGAAGCAGCAGCCCGGCUUCUGGACCUUCGGCUACUAUCAGAGCUUCUUUGACGUGGACACCUGGCAGGUCCUGGACCGGAUCAGAGGCUCGCUGCUGCCCCGGCCUGGCCACAACUUUGUACGGCACCGUCUGCGGAAUCGGCCGGACCUGUAUGGCCCCUUCUGGAUCUGUGCCACGCUGGCCUUCGUCCUGGCCAUCACGGGCAACCUGACACUGCUGCUGGCCCAGAGGAGGGACCCCUCCAUCCACUACAGCCCCCAGUUCCAUAAGGUGACCGUGGCGGGUGUCACCAUCUACUGCUACGCCUGGCUCGUGCCGCUGGCGCUGUGGGGCUUCCUGCGGUGGCGCCAGGGCGUCCGGGAGCGCCUGGGGCCCUACACCUUCCUGGAGACCGUGUGCGUCUACGGCUACUCCCUCUUCGUCUUCAUCCCCACCGUGGUCCUGUGGCUCAUCCCUGUCCCGUGGCUGCAGUGGCUCUUCGGGGUGCUGGCUCUGGCCCUGUCAGCUGCCAGCCUGGUGUUCACCCUCUGGCCCGUCGUCCGCGAGGACACCCGGCUGGCGGCGGCCGUGCUGCUGUCUGUCGUCGUGCUGCUCCACGCCCUCCUGGCCCUGGGGUGUAAGUUUUACUUCUUCCAGCCGCUGCCUCCGGCGCACGUGGCACCUCCACCCCGGGCCACGGCUCUGCCCCCACGCAUACUGCUGCCACCCACCUCACCAUGGUCCGUGGCUACCCCGGAUGGCCAGAGCCUGCAGGCCCAGCACGAAAGGACGCUUCUGCCUGCCCUACCCACCCUCAGACCAUGAAUGAAGGCCCCCUUGACACCUCGAGAUGACUCCGCUCCUUUCCAGACUUUUCUUACAAAGCAAACACUUUUAUUUUCUAUGCAAA